UCGAUCGCCCCCAUGGCGGGGAAAAUUUCCCACGAGCGACAGAGAACUUUGGUAACGUAACGCUCUUUCCUUCGGAUGAGAUCUGGAAGGUCUGCUCCAAUGGAGGAUGACGAUGACGAUGAUGAUGAUUCACAUUCCACGGGCUGUUCGCGCCUGCAAUUUCAAUCGGCAGAGGAGAGGAAAACGGUUGCCAACUUCAGUGUCCAGUAAUGAGAUCAUUUGGCUUUCUUCACAUCUUUUUCUCCAAAUCAAAUUACCCGUCUUGGAACUUCAGCGAGUAUUCUUACUGAAAGAUGGAUCAGAGUGUACGCAAGAAGCAGCAAAUGCUAUUUAUACAGCAUCUCUCUUGGCUAAAGUAUUGCAUUGUUUUCUUUUCAAACAAUUGUCAUAUCUCGAGCUGACACUUUGAGCAAGGGUUGGCGAUUUCUUGCUACAAAAAGUCGAGAAAUUGUCUGGGAUACAGUUAAAUACAAAGCUAUGUGAAGUACCCGGAAAUCUGCCUCAGAUUCUUGCUCUUACAGCUAUGUGUUUAAUUAGAAACCAUAACAGGAUAGUGAAUCCUUGCAAAAGCUGACUACUUAUAUCUCAGUCAGAACAAAUUGCAAUAUCUAUUCAGCUGGUAGGCCUAAGCAUUCUACUUAUGAAUGUAUAGCACUACUACUAGCUGUAGGGAUAUUGCUGUUUGAUCUGAAUGGUCAAUCUUGGGGAAAAUUUUGCCAUCCAUUCGAUGAUGGCUAAUUAAAGAACUUGGUUACUACAUCCUUGCUGGUAUCUUUACUUAGAAAUGUAAACUGGAGCUUAGCUAAAAUUCCGAAGAUUUGGCAGCUAAUGCUAUGCUUCUUUGAAGGACAGUAUAAUGAGCAGGUAUGUCCUAAUAUUCUAUUUCCACUGUCUGUGUACUACACCCAUAAAGUACUCUUUACGCUUGUCCUGACUUUCGUAUCAUAUUGUAGUUAGUUUUGAUUUCCUGAGAGUAAGAAUAUGAUGUAAUUUUCUAGUAUGAAAGGUCUUAUUGGUCUAGUUAUCUGCACUAUGGAGUCAUUAAUGCAUGCUUUAUUAUCCACUUGCUUUCUGCUCCGUGGUCUCUCUAAUUUUUGGGAUUAGACCCAUGCAUGAGGCUCUUCAUUUCUUGAAUGCUGGCAUCUUCGCAUAAUGUACUGCCUCACUUAAAUAGGGAAGUCACUCUUACAAAUAAUGUUGAGAUUACAAAUAUACAGUGCAUUGUAGAUUUUAGCCACCAUUAAAGUUAAAUCUCGAGAGAACCUUAGAAAGGAGAUAUGUGGUAAAGAUUUAAUGUUCUCAGCGACUUGCUUAGAUCACCAGGUCAUUGUAGAAUUCGACAAUCAAUAAUGCUCAUUGAAUAUUUAAGCCUUAUAAAAGUCUCAAUUUCUCAACAGGGAUUUCUUCGUGUUCAUACUUCCAGUAGUUUGGGUGCAACUCAAUCCUCUGAGAGGCUGUUGAGUUGAAGCUGUCCGAAAUAUGCGAAGUGCUUUAACUUAAUAGCGAACAUUCCUUUUGCGUGCAUGUAACACGAGGAUAUAUAUUAUCAGCCAGAUGAUUUUUCUUUUGCUCCUGAAAGUGCUAAUAACAUUGAUGCUUGGGCUUCAAAAACACCUCUGGGUUAUGGUUUUGUUGUCUAAUGCUUUCUUUCAUCAAGAAGUAUAAGAUAUACUUAAAGAGUUCAAUUGAAUUUUGCCGUUUGGAAUCAAAAUGAUACUAGAAUCACUUAAAAAAUACAAGAUUUACAUUGGAUAUGGAAUCGGGCCAACAUCAACAAGCUUUAGCUAGAAUUCAAUUCAAUUGAAAGGAGUAAGCUUAUCAAAAUAAUUUAUUUCAAUUCUAGUGUGUUUCAAACAAGAUUAUUAAAUUUAUUUCAAUUAAAUCCAUUGAUAUUCCAAACAGCAUAAUUCAGUUACAAUUGAAUUAAAUUGAAUUGAACUGAAUUGAAAUCAAUUGAAUUGAAAUCAUUUCUUGCAAGAAUUGAUUCCAAAUGGGUGAAUACGCCAUGGAACUAUCAUAUAUGAGUUCCUCUUCUUCUUGAAGUGGGUGAGCAUAUCUUAUUUGCUUAUUUUCUUGUACAUUGUUCUACAUUUUAAAAAACGAACAAUAUUUUUAUUAAUGACGUAAAUAAUGGCAUAAAUGUUAUUGCCAUUUGUCUAGCAAUACUGCCUUGCAACGUUGUUUAUAUUAAUUUUACUUUUCCAGUCAAGAUUACCAUGCAGGGCAACACGAGGCAUUAAUUCCGACACCUCUUCUAGUAUAGACCAUAAAUUGAGGUCUCCAAGAAAUGGCCGUUACACUCCAAUGGGACUUUUAUAAGGAGCAGAAGAAGUGGGUCUCUCAGAGUAUACUCCGGCGAACUUUUCCGAAAUUCGUAAGACAGGCCAAAAGAAGAAUUAAUCAAUCAUGUCUUGUGGAGAGCAUAGAAGGAGUACGCGGAUUGUUGAACUAGAAGCAAAAAAGCCUGAAAAAGCAGUUAACAAGAAGAAACUUGAGAUCAGUUUCGGCACUGCUGAAGGUCAAUUUAGUCAAAGGCAGAGGAGAAAAAAACCUAAGGUCAAUCAUGGCUCAAGCAUCAGAGCUACAGCUUCUGAUGAAGCAGUUGCAGCGUCAUCUAACACUCCAUUACCUCCAACCAGUGCUCUUGAAUUGUUACUUGAUAUUCUGAAAAGGAGAGAUACCCUCAAGAUUUUUGCUGAGCCAGUGAAUGCUGCAGAGGUGCAAGGCUAUGACGUUGUUGUGAAGGAUCCAAUGGACUUUGGAACAAUUUCAUCAAAACUUAGCAGGGGAGAAUAUAAGAUGCUUGAAGAAUUUGAGCAUGAUGUUUUCCUGGUAUUCAGCAACGCUAUGCUUUUCAAUGACUGCAGGACCGUCUUUUACAGACAGGCCCGUACAAUUAGAGAUGUUGCCAAAAAGUUAUUUAUGGCUCUUCGAACUAAUGCUAGAAACUUUGAGAUGGAUUUCUCAAUGGCAAGACGAGCCACUGAUAGGUGGACAAAGUCAGAAGCUAGGCUUAUUAACUCUAAUUCAUGUAAUCUGUCAAGGAAUGUAACAACAGCGGGAAAAGUGUUAGAAUCUGCAGGAGGCAGGAAGUCUGAAGGUUUUGUACCCGGAAAGACAAUCUAUAACCCUCGAGCUUCUUAUCCAUAUGACAAUAUGACGUCUGUAUCAACAGUUCUGAAUGCCCCAGGCUCUGCAAAAUCUCUCUUACCAAUCAAUCAGAGCUCUCUUGGUUAUGGGCAGAAUGCCAGUCGCACAGACAGCGUGUUGAAGUUUACUAGUGGUUUGGGCCCAGUAGCUCAGAGUAUGUUGGAUAAUGGACCUCUUAUGCGUCAUAAUGAGCCCUUACACCAUGAAUCCCAAGCUUUUAACCAACAGAAAGUUCCAUGGACAGCAUAUCCUGGAAGCAGGAUGCUCUCUUCUGUCUAUCAGAAUCCCUUUGGAAGCACUAUGAGGAGUUCCAAUCAGAACCCAGUUCGUAACCACCAGCAAGUUCCGUGCACAGCAUCUACUGGAAGCGGGAAGCUUCCUUCUGUCUAUGAGAAUUCCCUCGGGAACCCUGCGAGGCUUUUCGGUCAGUACCCAGUCCAUAACCACCAGCAAGUUCCAUACACUGCAUGUCCUGGAAGAGAAAAGCUUCCUUCUGUCUAUCAGAAUCCGCAAAUUCCAUCUGCAGCAUAUCCUGGAAGUGCAAAGCUUCCUUCUGUCCAUCAGAACCCCUUUGGGAGCCCUGGGGGUGCUUUCGAUCAGUACCCAGUUCGUGACCACCACCAAGCUCCAAGCGCAGCAUCUCCAGAAAGUGGGAAGGAACCUUCUGUCUAUAUGAAUCCCUUUGGGAGUCCUGUGAGGGUUCACGAUCACAAUGCAAAUGCUCAGAGGGAUGAUUUCAACUUUGGAAGCACAUCAACAUCUAAUGGAGGAAAUCAGUCAAUGUUUGAUGGCAUGAGUUUAGAUGAUUUCCUGACAUAUCUUCUCAAUUUAUAAUUGCCUCACAAUAAUUGCCUACCCAAGAGGAGCAUCGUGCUCCUUCAUGACUUUGUGCUUCCCCCAUGAUUGCAAGGUGGACUCAGCUUAACCAACCUUCGAGUCUGCAUGGACUUGCUUAGUGAAAUUAUCUACCUAGUGCUAAUUUCUUCCUUUAUAAUAUGAAAGACAUCGGCAUCUUGGUCCAGUAUAAACCCGUGGCUUGACAAGGAGGGUUAUUCCCGUACUCUUGUUGUUGCUGUUGUAGGGCUCACAUUUGUUCGAGAACUCCUUUGAGAAAUAUUAUCUUUUGAAUGCUCCAGGAUCAGUUCCAAUGCUAUGAAUUUUUCUUCUCC